AUGUCUGGUCAAGAUAUAUCACCUGGUUCGGUGAUCACCUUGACCGACGGACGACAAGCCACCGUGCGUUUCAUUGGUAGCACUCACUUCGCAGUCGGAGAUUGGAUUGGCGUUGAAUUGACGGAUGCCACGGGCAAGAAUGAUGGCGCAGUCCAAGGGGAGCGUUACUUUGACUGUGAAGCAGGUUAUGGCAUGUUCAUUCGACCGACAGCUGUGGCUGAGGUUCUACAGCAAGCUCCGCGGGAGAGCAAACAAAGGGCCAGGGCCGGAACCAAUGCAACCACCGGCAGACCAUCAAUUUCAACAGCUGCGAAAAAGCCACCUGGAGUCCCACCAGGUGCAAUUAAACGACAAAGCAUCAAUGCAUCCACUCCUACACCGGCUCCGAAGGUGGCCCCUCGGUCAUCUCUGAGGUCCCCUACCAAGUCACCUACAAAACAGCUAUCUUCGGGCGCCCUUGCUCGUCCUUCUUUAGGUGGCACUUCGCGCACAUCCUCCGUGGCAUCUAAUCGACCCCGGCCGGCACCUACCACCCGCCCUUCAGUCGGCCCAUCCUCAAUCUCGGGAGCCACCAGAUCCUCACGUGCUUCUAUAUCUGGCUCAGCCAGAUCAUCGCGACCAGGGUCUCAGACCAAUGUGUCAAGUCCUGGAUUGUCGAAAAGACCCUCCUUGCGACAGGCUGCCCCCACAAAAACAUCAGAUGGAGGAGAGAGCGGAAGCGGACCAUCGGAAGAGCCAACGGAUGUUGAUUCCCCAGGUGCUGAAGAUGGACCGCAGGAUACAGAGAUGGUAGCCCCGCCUGCAGCUAAGCCGCCUAGACAGUCCAUGGCUGGUACGCGCCCUACAGCUCCCCGACCCGGGGCUGCGACGUCUACUCAGCGCCAGUCUCAUAGCACUGCUGUCAGUCGAGAGCUGGAAGAACUUCAAACAAAGCUUCGCGUGAUGGAGAAAAAGCGGUCUGAUGACCGUGAAAAGAUGAAAGACCUCGAGCAACUGCAGUCUGAGCGUGAUAAAUUCGAAUCCAUCAUCCAGAAGUUGCAGGCGAAGUACCAACCCCAGCAAAUGGAAAUCACGGAUUUGCGCAAGAAACUCAGGGAUACCGAGGCUCGUCUUGAGGAAGUUGAGCGGAUGCAGGCCGAGCAUGAAUCACUCAUGGAAAUGGCGUCACUUGACAGGGAGAUGGCAGAGGAGACAUCCGAUGCAUUCAAGCAUGAAUGUGAAGCGCUUCGGUCGAAAAUGGAAGAGCUUCAGUUAGAAGUUGAAGUUCUCCGUGAGGAGAAUGAAGAGUUCAGCCAAGUGACAAGCCCCGAAGAGCGAUCCAGCCAUGGAUGGCUACAAAUGGAAAAGACCAACGAACGCCUUCGCGAGGCACUCAUACGGCUCCGAGAUAUGACGCAGCAGCAAGAGUCAGAUCUAAGAGACCAGAUCAAAGAACUAGAACAAGACCUUGAGGAAUAUUCUGCCGUCAAAUCCGACUUCGAAGCUACCAAGGAAAAGCUGUUAGUUGCAGAGACCAACGUGGAUGACCUUAAGCAACAGCUAGAGACUGCUCUGGGUGCGGAGGAGAUGAUUGAAGAGCUCGCCGACAAAAAUAUGCGCUACCAGGAAGAAAUCAGUGAGCUCAAGGCUGCCAUCGAAGACUUGGAGGCGUUGAGAGAGAUCAGCGACGAGUUGGAAUAUACCCAUAUCGAGACUGAGAAACAACUCCAGGAAGAGAUCGAUUAUCGGGAUGGCGUAUUCAACGAACAAUCCCGGAAGCUCACUCAACAAGAUGAAGUCAUUGAAGAUUUGGAGUAUACAUUGUCUCGUUUCAGAGAACUUGUAACAAAUCUGCAAGCUGAUUUGGAAGACAUGCGGGCAUCUCAACAGAUUUCAGAAGCCGAAGCCACUGAUCUCACGACACGAUCUCGCGCAAUGAUGGACCUGAAUAUGAAGCUACAUGCCUCGGUAUCAAAGGCUCAGACGAAGUCUAUUGACGUUGAACUCAAGCGUAUGGAAGCAGAAGAGGCCGCACAGCACCUCUCGAUUGUGAAGCUUUAUCUACCUGAAUACUACGAGGGAGAGCGAAAUUCGGUCCUAGCUCUACUUCGAUUUCAGCGCGUGAGCUUCAAGGCUACUGUAAUGAAUGGCACGAUCCGUGAGCGCAUCGCUGAGCAAUCGGCAAUCUCGAGCCACGAGGAAAUAUUCAAUGCGUUGGAGGUCUCUGAGCAUCUUCUGUGGAUAUCGACUGUUUGCGAUCGGUUCGUGACUUACAUCAAUGCCUGCACGCCAGAGCAGUUUAACAGCACCAAGGCCGCGUUAUUCGAAAUGGAGCCCGUAGAGCGCACGCUUAACUUCUGGAUCGAGAAUCUGAAGAAGAACGAAGUCAACAUGUCCAAAUUUUCUGUAGAAUUGCAACGAUCUAUUGCUCUUCUCGCGCAUUUGGCAGAGACUCUUCUUCCCUCGAGUCCGGAGAACUUUGCUGGUGAGCUUUGCGUGCGCGCAAACCUAUCUCAGUCAUACCUCGACCAUGCUGCUACGGCUAUUGCUCGCCUGAAGGCCCUCAUCCAGUCCAAGUUGCCUGCUCCAAAGGAUUUCGGCGAGGCCAAUGAAGGCAGUGAGGGUGGCGAAGUCGAUGCAAGCAACGAAGAAGCCACCUUUGCUUUCAACACACUUGAUGCUUUUGUUUCUCAGGCUCGUGGAUACAAGGUAGCGAUGAGCAAGAUCCAUCGAGCUUUGGAAGAUUUACGCUCGAGGUCUCUGGUGCUUUCCGAGCAAGCCAACGAGCCAUUCAAGAGGACUGAGGACUGUGCACGGGGCCUCUCGGAACUUGCACGAAAGUUGGGUGAGGCCGUGUUGAGUCUGACGAGUGAUGAAGGCCGUGUUGAGCCUUACACUCUCCAAGAGAUCUUGGACAGCAUGUCGCAAGUCUCCACCGCUUUCGUGCAAGGCUCGGACAAUCCUACAGAAGGGAAUGAUCCGCUCUCCUUGCUGGUGAAUAAGUUGCGCGAUCUAGCUAGCCAGCUCGAUGAGCUUGACUCAAUCUCGACGGAUCUGUCUCGAACAACCGAAUUCGAGAGGGGCCCAUUGCCUUGGAUUGCGCGAGCAGAGGAGCUGAAGUCCAACAAAACGAUUUCUCCAGAUGCCGACGAAGAAAUUCGCCGCCUCAAGAACGAGGUUCAUGAAGUCUCAACUGCUCUUGGUGUCAAGGACAAUACCCUUGAAGAGCAAGGCAUUAAGAUCGAACUUUUAGAAUCGCGCAUGAAGGAGGCAAGCAAGAAGGCGUCUAUGGUCAAGGAUCUUGAAGCCAAGAUUGAAGAGAUCCAGGCUAUGAGUUCGGAUCUGGAGAGGACUGUGGAGCGACAGAAGAAAGAGCUCCAAACCGCUGAAGCAGAGCGCGAUGAGUACAAGAAUCGCCUCGAAAGAAUGAAGCGCGUUUCUGGGACCGCCGGUGUUACGACCUCGGGCGGUGGGCUCGUCAUCGAUAACGAAGCUUCUUUGGCUGCAAUGCACGAGAACGAGUCUCUUCGCGCUGAAGUUGAAAGCCUCCAAUCCGCUGUGCGUUAUCUACGGGAGGAGAGCCGCCGUGCUAACCACCUGGACCCAUACUCUGUACAGCAGUCAACAGACAUGUACGCAUGGCUAGACGCUCCUCUCACUCGCACGACUCCUACGGCAGAGCAAGAGAAAAUCCAGCGUACUGCAUUGGAGAGCCGAGAUGUCUUUACUCAUCUGCUCAAGCUGACGAAGGAAUCCCGUGUCCCGGACCUGAAAUCUACCAUGGUCUCCCAAGAUGAAGAAGAUGGCAGUGUCAAUCGUACUGCAUGGCGCCCAUCCAAAUCUCGACUUCGGUACCAAGUGCUCCGGCAGCGCGAGAACUUCGAGCACUGGUCUGAAUGGCGCAACGACAUUGUCAACCAUGAACGCGAACAAGAUCGACUGGCUGCCGCUAAGCGUGAGCGCGCACUGCGUGAUCGCAUGCCGAAACAUGCUCACAAAGCUUCUGUCGAGUUCCCUCAAGGCCUUGGCCAUGGCAUGAUGGGUCGCGCAUGGCAAAUCCUCGGCAUGCAAAAUCCCCACAAGAACAUCUCACCAAAUAUCUCUGCAUCUGCCACUGACGGCGUGGAGAUUGUUUCAGUGGAGUGA